AUGGGUGUCAAGGUCAUCAGCAGCAAGUCCGAGUUCGAUGAGCUCGUGAGUAAACCACGCGGCGUCGUGGCACGCUCAUUCGCUUCCGUGCUGAUCGCUCCGCAUCCAUGCUCGCAUUACAGAUCAAGUCGGACAAGCCUACCAUCAUCGACUUUUGGGCAACUUGGUGCGGGCCUUGCAAGAUGAUUUCCCCAAUCUUUGAGAAGAUCGCAGAGGCAACUGGCGAAUCUGCCACUUUCGCCAAGGUGGAUGUGGAUGAGCAGGGAGAGAUUGCUCAGGAGGUUGGCAUUCGUGCCAUGCCUACCUUCUUGGUCUUCAAGAACGGUCAGCAGGUUGACAAGCUCCUCGGCGCGGACCCCUCGAAGCUGCAAGUGAGUAUCAAGGCGGUCAGACAGUGUGUGAGGUUGUUGUGGCCCCCUAUCCAAGCGGAGGCUUGCCUACAGACCGCCAGAAUCGCCACACAAUGUUCCCUCCCUACGUCUUUCGUGCUGACAUUUACCUUGCCCCGCUCCAUAGAGCAUCAUCACCAACGCUGUCAGCGCUUGA